UCCAUACACGAAGAUCCAGCCAAACAAAUACAAAACGAACAAAAAGCACGGUGCCGAGGGAAGAGGCAAUCUCGUAGUCGGUAGGCGUGCGGGGAGGUCCGGUAGCAGGAGAGCAGUCAGCGGGGCAGAUGAACAGGCGGACGGCAGGCAGAGGCGUAGUCGUGGGCGAAGCGGGAGUCGAAACCAUGAAACAAUCAGCGGGGCAAAAGUACAUAAACGGUAGGCGGGGACGUAGUCGAAAAACAAAACGAAGGUCACAAAACAGAAAUCAAUGGUCGAUGGUCAGUAACAGGCGUGGAUCGUAACGUGUAAUCAAGACAGUAAGUAAUGCUCAAGAGUUGCGUGAAAAGACAGAGGCAGACAAUUUCGCAGUGAACAGUUGCGCGACUGGGCUAUAAAUGCAGGUGUAGACAGGUGUAGACAAUUAGUAAGAGCGUAGCAAGGAAAUGGAAAACAGGUGCGAUGGAUGACAAGUUUAACAAGGAGAUUAGUAAUCGUUAGUAAUAAACCUAUCCUGCCCUAGCAUUAGUAAAUUAGUAAAUGACAUGCACGAGAAACGUAAGGUAACAUGAACACAUGAUUAGUCUUGUUAGUUUCUACCCAAUCCUGAUCUAGCGUUAGUAGUUUUAGUAAAUAGACAAAUAGAACAUAAGGGGAGUGAAGGACAGAACGAGAGAGAGAGAGAGAGAGAGAAGGCGGAACGCAAGGUUUGCGGAAAAACAUGUAAAAGUGUAUGCAUAACAACGACCAGUUAACUAAACAAUAAACAUGCAUCGAAACAUAACACAACGCGAAACUAAGACGAUAAUCACUCAACAUAACCAGGUAAUAAAAUCGUACGAUAACAUAACUAAACAUGACAAGAAAAUAAAUCGUAACGAAACAUAACUAAACAACAUGACGAACCUAGACAACAUAAUACAUGAUAAAACACUACGUGACUAAGACAACAUGAAUAAACAUAAAUCAACAUAAAACAUGGUGAGACAGACCUGAAACGUGACAACCGUCACACUGCAUGGGGAGGAAGUGAGCUUCCUGUUAGAGAGGAAAAGACUGUACUAGUCUAUCUAACAUGCUUUCAAUAUAAGAAAUCCUACUUAUUCACAUACAUAAAGCAACUAUUUUCCGCAAAAACAAACAAAAUUAUUAAGCAUGCCAUUUAAAGAGAAUGUGUUUGCAUGUAAAUUACGUCUGAGUAUGUCACUUUUACAGAAAGUGAAAUUCAUUUUCUAAAUGUGGUUUGUUUGUAUAGCAAGGCUAUUGGAAAUACUAGUAGCAGGUCAUGUACAGCAGCUCCAUACAGUGUAUAUCAUGUUAAUACUUCAAGUGCUUGCCACAAGUUAAAAUAUGUAUAAAAAUUCAUAAUUAUUACUAAGAGCAAAAAUUGUGGUCCUGGAAGCACAUUUCAAAAACAAGAUUACAAUAUUAUGGUUAAUUUGCGCAGUAAAGUUACACAUUUUCACGAGGUGAGAAUUAGAUGGUUCUAUCUGACAUUUAUAUAAAAAAUGAGUUAAUUAAAUACAACUAAUCCGUAAGGGGUUCUUUACACAUGUGUAAAUCAUUAUUCAUGAAAAUAAAAAUGCUCAAAAUACACAAAAACAGAAACUUCUUUCUGCAUAAUUCUAUCUGCACAUCUACAACACAUCCCCAAAAAUUUUACAGAACGCUGAAAGUCCAUAGACUGGAUGUAACCUUCCAAAUAACGUUAUUGUCAACUAUAAGACAUUAAAGCAUUUUAGCUAGCUAAUAAACAGUGCCGCUUCCUGGGUGAAUAGUGUAUUGAAUAAUGAAUACAGUAACUAUAUGAGGUUAUAUUAGGGUAGUUGUACUUUAUUAUCAUGCUCAAUGGAAAUGUAUUUGUCAUCAACAUCAUUUUACAGUGCAUUGUGGGAUAUUUCUAGAGCUCUCAAAAUGUGAGUAAUUUUUUUAAAAGAUUUUUGACACUAUUUGGACACGAGAACAAGAUGGCUGAUGGCCAAUCUACUUUACUGGUUAGUGAAUAGUGAGCCAUUUCGGACACAGCCAUGGUAAGUGAUGGGCGUAAGACUGGAGUUCAUUGGAGAUCAUUACUUGCUGGUGAAUUACAUAAUAAUGUUUUUUAGCUAGCUAAUGUUGGCUGGUCUGGUACUUCCUACAUUACAUUACAUUACAUUACAUUACAUUAAUCGCAUUUGGCAGACACUCUUAUCCAGAGCGACAAACAACAAAGUGCAUACCCAUAACCAGGGAUAAGUGCGCUGAAAGACCCAAGAGGGAAGUACAAUUUCAACUGCUACCUGCACAACAAAGAUAAGAACCAGGGCCAAUUCGAUCAUUUAUUUAUUUAUUUAUUUAUUUAUUUUAAACGCAACACGCAGAUGUAUGAACAAACCCCUUAACUAGCCAAACACUGCUUACCUAGCCAAACUAAAACAUCCUGAUUUACAAGUAAAUCAUAGAAAGAGAACAAUUAAGGUUUACAGGGAGGUAGGGAGGGACAGGGAGAGGUGCUGCUUGAAGAGGUGCGUCUUCAGUUUGCACUUGAAGAUGGGAAGAGAUUCUACAGUUCUGACCUCAAAGGGGAGUUCAUUCCACCACCGUGGAGCCAGAACAGACAGUAGUCGUGAGCGUGAGGUGAAAGUUCAGAGAGGUGGAGGUGCCAAGCGGCCUGUGGAGGCUGAACGAAGAGGUCUGGCAGGUGUGUAGGGUCUGAUGAUUUUUUGGAGAUUGUCAGUAUGCUGAGGGGGUGAGGCGCUUCCACUCCAGCUGUUAGCAGGGACAUCCUGGAAGCAGGGGGAUUCAUUUCUCUGAGUACCUGUCCCAGACAGACAGGCAGAAUAAGUCAGAGAUGGAAGGUCAUGGAGCGGAGGAUGAGAUUGUUCACUCUCUGCUCCUGGAAAGUCUGGAUGAUCUUUUAAGUCGUGAGCUGGAGAGAUUUCAAUCAUAUCUGAUUAAUGAACUACCACAGGGGUACAAUCCCAUUCAAAGGAUACACUUAGAAGAGUCGAGCAGCACCAAGACUGUAGGCAAAAUGUUGCAGCAGUAUGGCAAAGAGGGUGCUGUGGAUGUCACACUGUACAUACUGAAGAAGAUGGACCUGAAUGAGCAGGCUGAAUUACUGCAGCAGAAGAGCAAUCCGUACAGGGGGGCUCCUGGGCCAAGACAGUCAAUCAGUGAACACGAUGCGUCUCUGAGAGCAGUCCAAGAGAAGUUGAAAGCUAAGCUGAAAAACAAAUGUCAACAUAUUUUUGAAGGAGUGGCCAAGCAUGGACGGUCAGCCCUGCUCAACAAGGUCUUCACUGAAGUCUUCAUAACUGAGGGUAUAUUUGGACAGGUUAAUACUGAACAUGAGGUUUGGAACCUCGAGUCAGUAUCCAAAACCGAUAUUGACUCAGAAGAGGUGCAGAUUGAAUGCAACAGAAUCUUCCAGCCCUUGCCUGGACAAGAGGACCAUGUCAGAAGAUCAGUGCUGACCAAAGGCAUAGCUGGCAUUGGCAAAACGGUCUCUGUGCAAAAGUUCAUUUUGGACUGGGUGGAAGGCAAGGCCAAUGGAGACAUUGAUCUGAUAUUUCCUCUCCCUUUUCGAGAGCUGAAUUUGAUGAAGGACAGAAAGUUCAGUCUGUUGGGACUUAUUCAGCACUAUCACCCAGAUAUGAAACACACUACAGUUGACCUGAACAGCAGAAGAGUGUUGUUUAUCUUUGAUGGCCUGGAUGAGUGUCGGCUCCCCUUAAAUUUCGAUGGCAAUGAGUCGGGGUAUGAUGAAACAGUGGAAUUAUCAGUGGACGUGCUCCUGACCAACCUCAUUCAGGGAAAUAUGCUCACCUCUUCUCUCCUCUGGAUCACUUCUCGGCCAGCAGCAGCCAAUCAGAUCCCUCCUGAGUGUAUUCACAGGGUAACAGAGGUGCGAGGCUUCAAUGACCCACAGAAGGAUGAGUACUUCAGGAAGAGGUUUAAUGAUCAGAACCUGGCCAGCAGAAUUAUCUCACACAUAAAGUCAUCACGGAGUCUCCAUAUCAUGUGCCACAUUCCAGUCUUCUGCUGGAUUUCAGCAACUGUUCUGGAGAGACUACUGAGCAAACAUGAAGUUGAGCAAAUCCCUAAGACUCUCACUGGAAUGUACACACAAUUCCUGCUCAACCAAAUUAUGAUGAAGAACCAGAAGUACCAUAGAAGUAUGGAAACAAAGAGAAAGGAAUUGCAAGAGGCAGAUAAAGAAAUCAUCGUCAACCUGGGAAAGCUGGCCUUUCAGCAUCUGGAAAAGGACAAUCUGAUAUUUUAUGAGCAAGAGCUGCAAGAGUCCGGCAUUGAUGUCAGUAAAACUCCACAGUAUUCUGGGUUGUACACAGAAAUCUUCAAAGAGGACAUAGGGCCGUAUGAGGAUAAAACAUAUUGCUUUGUGCAUCUGAGCAUUCAAGAGUAUCUUGCCGCUUUGUUUGUGCACUUUGCGUAUGCAACCAAUGAAGAAAACCCAUUGAAUCUGGACAUGUCAAUGCAUACCCAUCAAGAUGGUGGGAUAAAAUUAUCUGCAGUUCACAGGAGUGCUGUGGACAAGGCCCUACAGAGUCCAAACGGACACCUAGACCUAUUCCUCCGCUUCCUUCUGGGAAUUGCGCUUGACAGCAAACCUCUUUCAGGACUGCUGGGACACAAAGAAAGCAGCUCGCAGAAUGUCACAGAAACAGUCAAAUACAUCAAGAUGAAGAUCAGCAAAAGCCCAUCUCCAGAGAGAACCAUCAAUCUCUUCCACUGCCUGAAUGAACUCAAUGACGAUUCUUUAGAAAAGGAAAUCCAGAGUUACCUGCAGACAGGCUCCAAUGCAAAGCUCUCUCCAGAUGAAUGCUCAGCACUGGCCUAUGUGCUGCUGAUGUCAGAGAAGCAGGUGGACGUGCUUGAUCUGAGGACGUACAACUCAACACAGGCUGGAUAUCGCAGACUGCUGCCCGUACUUAAGCACUCCUUGAAAGCUUUGUUGCAGUUUUGUGAUCUCACCCCAAACUUGUGUGCCCUGGUGAACCCGGUUUUGCAGUCCCCCACCUCCCUCCUGAGAGAGCUGGACCUCGGAUACAAUAGAAAACUGGGGGACAAAGGUUGCAAGCUGCUUUGCACUGGACUGCGGACUCCCCACUGCAGACUGCAAACUUUGGGGCUAGGAGACUGUAGCCUCACAAAAGACUGCUGUGAUGACCUGGCCUCAGUCUUGCGCUCACCCCACUCACAGCUGAGAGAGCUGCAUCUGAGAGAUAAUGACCUCCUGGACUCUGGAGUGAGAGCGCUCUCUGCUGGACUGGAGGAUCCCCUGUGUAAACUGCAGAAACUGGGGCUGUCAGCCUGUGGAGUCACAGAGGCAGGCUGUAAUUCCCUGGCUUCAGCUCUGUGCUCAAACUCACAUCUGAAAGAGCUGGAUCUGAGCUAUAACCACCCCGGGGACUUCGGAGGUAAAGCACUGUCUACUAGACUGGAGGACCCCAACUGUAAACUGGAGAAGCUAAUUAUGGAUCACAGUGGAGAGUGCAGGAUGAAACCAGGGAUGCACAAAUAUGACUGCCACCUCACACUGGACCCCAGCACUGCCCUUUCAAAUGUGGUCCUUUCUGAGGGGAACAGGGGGGCGCUCCGUAAAUAUAAGGCUUUUGAUGACCAGUACACUCCACCACUGCUGUGCAAUGAGGCGCUGACUGACCGCCACUACUGGGAAGUGGAGUGGGGGCCAGGAAGCUUGGAGCUGGGGGUAGCCUACAAAAUACUCAACAACUUUGGUGAGCUUGGAAAUGACGACCAAUCCUGGAUCAUAAGCUGCGACCCACAGAUGAUCGUGGCUAUUCAUAAUAAAACACACACACUCAUAAUGACCUUACAUGCCCAGAUCAAAUACAGGGUGGGAGUGUAUCUGGACAGGCCAGCUGGUACCCUGGCCUUCUAUAAAAUCACCUCCAAAGGACCUAUCCACCUGCACACCUUCAAUGCCACCUUCACCCAGCCCCUCCACCCAGCUUUUAAACUCAGUUUUGAUGUCCCUGUGACUCUGUGCUAGUUAUUCGCCAACCUACAUUUUAAUAAUAUAAAGAGGUUUAUAUGUGUCACAUCCUAAACUCUAACUAACCAGCGAUCAAGAUUUGUAUGUGUUCAAUACAAAUCAUACAAUGAACACAUAUGGCAGCAAUUACACAUACAAAAUGUAUGUUAAAUAAUAGGAAGGUUUGACAAAUGUCAUGGCAAAUGUAUGCACAGAGAUAGGGAUAAAUAGUGUAUACAUAUGUGGUGAGAAAUGUGUGAGACAGUUCACUGUAUACUGUAUGUGGUCAUACAAAAUUUAGCAUGUAGAAGUCUUUACCCAAAUAGUUGUUUAAGUAUUGCAAUGUCAAUUUGUGAUAGCCUAAAUAGCCCUUCAACCCUAUCAUGGUGGUGUACAGAUCUACCUAAUACAUUGCUCACUGUGUGCACCUUCACCCCUUUUCUUAACAUAAGCAUGGAAAUGACAUACACAAAAUCUAAUGGUUACUAUUCUUGAACCCUUCUGACUACAGGCAUAAUUGCCAUAAUCCUGGUGUCUUCAGAAAGCUCACCCUUUGGGGUUUGUCUUUCAAGAGUCAAAUAAAAUUAAGAGAAGCUCAAACACAGUGAAAGUGGAAUAUUUUCUUCUCACUGAAAAGAUUUUGUUUUAGAGUGCAUACAUAUUAUUGUAGCAGUGCCUAACACGCUUAGAAACACAAUGGAGACAAAUCCACUUUUAAGUUUGAUGACAAUAUCACCAAAAACUAGCAUUCUGCAUUGUUUUUUUCAAAGCUAUGUCUAGGCAGUUUUCCAAAAACCCUAUCAUAGUGGUGUACAGGUCUACCUAAUACAUUGCUCACUGAGUGCACUUUAACCCCUUAAAUAUCACCCCUUUUCUUAACAUAAGCAUGGAAAUGACAUACCCAAAAUCUAAUAAUUUACAGAAGCUCAAACACAGUGAAAGUGGAAGAUUUUCUUCUCACUGAAACUAUUUUCUGUUUAGAGUGGAUACAUAUUAUUGUAGCAGUGCCUAACACGCUUAGAAACACAAUGGAGACAAAUCCACUUUUAAGUUUGAUGACAAUAUCACCAAAAAGUAGCAUUCGGCAUUGUUUUUUUCAAAGCUAUGUCUAGGCAGUUUUCCAAACAUUUGAAGACUCCAAAGGGACACAUGGAUAAUAAGUGAUAUUAUAUAUGUGUAUUAUACACUCAGUGAGCACUUUAUAGGGUAUUAGACUUCUACUACUGUAGCCUAUCCACUUAGAGUUAUGAUGUAUUGUGUGUUCAGAGCUACUCUUCUGCUCACCACUGUUGUAAUGUAGUGUGCUUAUUUGCGUUACUGUCACCUUCCUGUCAGCUCUGACCAGUCUGGCCAUUCUCCUCUGACGUCUCUCCUUAACAAGUCGUUUCUGUCUGCAGAACUGCUACUCAUUGGAUUUUUUUUAUUGUUUUUUGCUCCAUUCUUUGCAAAAUCUAGAGACUAGUGUGCAUGAAAAUCCCAGGAGAUCAGCAGUUUCUGAGAUACAAACCACCUUGUCUGUCACCAACAAUCAUUCCACAGUCAAAGUAAUUAGAUCACAUUUUUUCCCAAUUCUGAUGGUUGAUCUGAACAUUAACUGUAGCUCCUGACCCGUAUUUACAUGAUUGUAUGCAUUGCACUGCUGCCACACAAUUUGCUGAUUAGAUAAUGGCAUGAAUAAGUAUGUGUAAUAAAGUAAAAAUGUUCCUAAUAAAGUGCACUGUGAGUGUAUGUGUAAAAUACUGUAUUGUGCUCACUAAUGUAUACCAUACCAAGGUUUUAAUAUAUUUGAGGCUGAGCUGGGAAAGGGCAUUCCAUGCAUUUUACCUCUACAGGUUAAACUGCUAUAUUGUUUUUCAGUCUGUAUGUAUAAAUAUAAUAAACAAGGAGCCUGAUGACAGUA